GGAUGGUUGUGUAAAACCUUCCACUCGCUGUAAUCUGGAAUAAUCCCGGUGUCUAAUCCCGCUGUCUGCAGCCAGAAAACAUCAUGCUGCUGGAUAAGAACGUGGCGCUGCCCAGGAUCAAGCUCAUUGACUUCGGCCUCGCCCACACCAUCGAAGCCGGGGUCGAGUUCAAGAACAUCUUGGGAACGCCGGAGUUCGUAGCUCCAGAGAUCGUGAACUACGAGCCGCUGGGGCUGGAGGCGGACAUGUGGAGCGUCGGAGUGAUCACCUACAUCCUGCUGAGCGGGGCGUCUCCGUUCCUGGGGGAGACCAAGCAGGACACUCUGGGGAACAUCUCCGCUGUCAACUACGAGUUCGACGAGGAGUUCUUCGGUCACACCAGCAACCUGGCCAAGAAGUUCAUCAGCCAGCUGCUGGAGAAAGACAAGAGGAAGAGGUUAACAAUUCAGGAUGCUCUCAACCACCCUUGGAUUAAGUCCAACCAGCUCAGAGAGGAGAAUAAAACCCAAGAGCCGAAGAAACGGGAACGCCGCCAGCUGAAGACCAAACGUCUGAGAGAGUACACCAUCAAGUGCCACUCCAGCAUGCCGCCCAACAACACCUACGUGAACUUUGAGCGCUUUGCUCAGGUGGUGGAGGACAUUGACCAGAUGGAGGGCUCGUUCUUCAGCCUGGCUGCGGCCCACGACUCCCUGCAGGAGGACAUCGACGCCUUGGUCUCCAUAUACAAUGAGAAGGAGGCCUGGUACAAGGAGGAGAGCGAGGCCGUGCGGCACGAGCUCUCCCAGAUCCGCUACGAGUUCCGGAAGGUGGAGGCGUCCAAGAGGAGCCUGCAGGACGACAUGCAGACCUUCGGCCGCGGCCUGGCCGCCGUCAGCGAGCGCUUCCAGGAGAGGCAGGGCCACUUCGACGCCCUGCAGCUGGAGCUCAGCAACGAGCUGAAGUGGGUGCAGGAGGCGGUGGGCUCCCUCCCAGCAGACGGAGGAGGUGGAGGCUAUCCCAACUGCAGCUUCACCACCGUCUUCAACAACGACGUGAACGAAGCUCUCAAGGAGCUGCUCAGCCGCUCCUGUGGAGGAGAACUGCUGUCCGGAAUCAACCUGGACCUCACUGAGACCGGGCAGNUACCAACAUUUUAUCUAGCAGAUGCUAAUGCUAAAGUAAUUUACCAACAUUUUAUCUAG